AUGCUCGUAACCGGCGGCAGCCGAGGCAUCGGUGCCGCAAUCUGCCGCCGCGCUGCAGCCGCCGGCUACAACGUCAUCAUAAAUUUCUCCGGCCGUUCCGACGCGGCAGAGACGACCGCCGCCGCUGUCCGUGCGGCUGGGCAGCGAGCGCUGACGGUCCAAGGGAACAUGGGCCAAGAGGAGGACAUUCGCGCGCUAUUUUCCGCCGCACAUCGGGAAUUUGGAAAAUUGGACGUGCUGGUCAACAACGCCGGCAUCACCGGAGGGAAGAGCCGCGUCGAGGAUGUGGACAGGCACACCCUCGAGCAAGUAGCCGCCGUCAACAUCGUCGGCCCCGUCCUGUGCUCGCGCGAAGCG